GUUUCUUCAAUCCACAUUUCUGUAUGCUUUGUACGGUUUAGAUCAAUGAAAUUUAGUUCUGAAAAUAUAAGCUGAGUGUAUGUUUUUCAUUCAAUACAAAUCAUGGCAGCUCACAUCAACAGCAUGGGUCCUGCAAAGAAAAAGUUAAAAGAAAUGAAUGUAGAUGAGUUUUUGAACGCCGAUUUUAGUGAAUCUGAGUCUUCAUCUAACAUGUCUGCAGAAAUUACCAUUAAGAAAAAUAAAAAAAUAAAACAGAAGAAGGAAAAGCACAACAAUGUUGAAAAUAAAGUUGCUUCUGCUAAGAAACCAAAGAUUGUGCAGGCAAGUGUAAAAAAAAUAAAAAGCAAAAAGAUUGAAGCUCAGGUGGGGAAUUCUCCAAAAGAAAAACAGAAAGCUGAUAAAAAUUCUCUUGCAUUAACGUUGCAAAAAAAUGAUCCGGAAUUCUACGAUUUUCUUAAAGGUCAAGAUAAAUCCUUGUUAGACAAUCUCGAAGAUUUAUCUGAGUCAGAUGGUGACUUCAGUGAUGAAAAUGAAGAUAUGGAAAGUGAUGUUUCCGGAAAGGAAAAAAAAGUUAAAGGUGUAAGUAAUUCUUUGGAAAAGGAGUUGCUCAAUAUGUCAAGUGGUGAUGAAUCAGAUGAUUCUAAUGAUGGAUUUGUUCACAAGCCUCCAGAAAAUCUAGAGGUUGCUAGUGAUGACAGUUCGGAUGAUGAGGCAGAGGUAACUGAAAGUUUCAGAAAAGAUGGCACAGUCCUCACGCAUAAAAUAAUUGAGCAGUGGACUACAAAAAUACAAUCUAAACCAUCUCCAGCUAUACUAAAAGAAAUUGUGUCAGCUUUUCAUUCUGCUCUAAAAGAAGCUGGGGGUCAUGAUGAUGAUGAAAAUUAUUCCUCAAAAUAUAUUGUCGAAGGAGGUGCAAUAUUUAAUAGUAUUGUUAGACUUUGCCUAACCCAGGUUGUACCAGCACUACAAACAAUGUUACAAGUGCCAGCUAUUUCUGAGCUAAAAAAUGUUAUGUCUGAUAAAUCUCUCAGAUGGAAAAAGUUGAAGGUUUUGGUGAAAUCGUAUAUCUCUGCUUUGCUUGAACUUUUGACUCAGUUGUCUGAUGCUGUAAUGGUGAAUGCAAUCUUGAAGCAUGUCCAUAAACUUGUUAUUUUUUAUGCUAGCUUUCCAACGCUAACAAAGUUGUUUCUCAAGAGAAUGAUCAAUAUGUGGACAACAGGUGAAGAGACUACCAGAGUCUUAGCAUUUUUGUGUAUAAAUAAAAUAGUUCAUCUAAAAAAAGAAGCACUCCUUGAAACAACAAUAAAGAAAAUGUAUAUGGCAUAUGUGAGCAACUGUAAGUUUACAUCACCUUCAACUCUUCCUCUUAUUAACUUCAUGCAAAAGUCAUUGGUAGAAAUAUUCAAUAUUGAUCAGACUUUGGGUGCCCAGUAUGCAUUUGUAUAUAUUCGCCAGCUGGCUAUACAUUUACGUAAUGCUAUCACAUUAAAAAAGAAGGCUACUUGUCAAACUGUAUAUAAUUGGCAGUAUAUUCACUGUUUAGGCCUGUGGGUGCAGCUUCUAACCACAACAUAUCCCAGUGAAGUUCUUCAGCCCUUGAUCUACCCACUGACGCAAACUAUUGUUGGUACUAUAAAAUUACUGCCAACAACUCGCUACUAUCCACUGAGGUUUCACUGUGUUCAGUUCCUUAAUAAACUGUCAUAUAAAACCAAAACAUAUAUUCCCACAAUGCCUUUUCUAUUGGAGAUUUUUGACCAGGUUGAUUUCAAUAAAAAGCACAAAACUGUGAGUUUAAAGCCAUUUUAUUUUGCAGUUAUUCUUAAAUUUUCUAAAGCCCAGCUUCAUGAAAAAGCUUUCAAAGAUGGACUUAUUGAUCAGCUCUAUGAGCAUCUAUUGGAAAGUUUUAACACUCAAGCUCAUUCUAUCAGUUUUCCUGAACUUAUAAUACCAGCUGUGAUCCAGCUCAAGAGUUUCUUGAAAAAAUGUAAGACUGCUAAUUAUUGUAAACAAAUUAAACAGAUAGUAGACAAAAUACAAGAACAAGCAAAGUUUGUUACUGAAAAGAGAAAGCAAGCAAAUGUAAGCUUACAUGAUCAGAAUUCCGUUGAUAUCUGGGAAGAUCAACUUUUACAAAUGGGCACACCUCUACGGAAAUUUUAUACUUCAUGGCGUAAACUGCGGGAUAGAGAAUUACUGCAUGAAAUUUCAAAUAAAGAGGCAGUGUCUGGCGCUGCCAUUGAUAUACCUACAAUUGAACGGAAAAGACCUCUCAAAGCUACCCAAGAGGAUCGAGAAGAUUUUUCUAAGCUAUUUGAGAAUGAUUCAGAAUCAGAUGAUGAAACCAGAUUUCUUUUAAAGGAAGAUAGGCAAGAUAACAAUGUAAAGAAAAGAAAACGCUCUGCUAGCUUAUCCGACAGUGAAGAUUACAGUGAUUUUGAUGAAGAAGAGUUGGAGCAGUUGGCUCAGUCUGCAGAUGAAGAUUCAGCUGAUGAAUCUGAUGGUGAAAGUGAUGAAGGUGGUUCUGGUGACAGUGAUGAUGAUGGUUCUGGUGAAAGUGAUGAGGACAGUUCUGGUGAAGGUGAUGAUGAAACAAAUGUGAAGAAAAAUAAAAAGAUUAAUGGAAUUAACAAAAAAGCAUCGCCCACCAAGGCUUCUCAUGCAAAUGAUGAGGAUGAUCAAGUUGAAGAUUUUGCUCUCUCAGAUUUUGAUUCUGAUUAAAAUUAAAUUAGACAGGUAUCACUAUUUACCUUGUCUGUAAAGUGUAAUGUAAUUUAUUUACUUACUGUUAAUGUUAGACUAUGAGAUUAAUAUUGUACUACUGCUAAUCAUGAUUUAGUCGUUUUAUUAUAAUCAAAUUACUUUAGGAAAUAUUUUUGAAAAGGAUUACUUGGUUUUUUCCCAAUGCUACUUUUAAUUAUUUUAAAGUUUUGAAAGUUAUAGACACUGUUAUACUUACAGUAACAAGAAAGUAUGCCCUAUAGUAGAAGUAUAAUUACUAAAUGAUUGUUCAUGUGGAUAUAUGACCCUCCUCAAUGGCUAACGUUGCUCAGCAUAACCUGUAUGGCUGAUUUUUAAGUAUUUCAGCCAGUCUCAAACUAUCAAAAGAAAUGUUAAUGCUGAUUUGAAUGGUGAAACUGUUUAGGUGUCAGACCAGAAAAAAUAAGUUGCUUGGCAGCUUUUUCAGUAACGAAUGUCAUUGAUGUAUUGGUGAAAUCAUUAUUUGUUAAUUAUGCUUGCUUCUUUGAAAUUUUUAAAAUAUAUUCUUUUAGUUUUAUAUGGUUAAAAUAAGUCUGGAGAAUUUAAAAUCAUCUAUGGAGCUGAUUAACCCAGAGGGCUACUUUUUCCCCCCUGAUUGACUGCAAUAUAUAAUUCAGUCAAUUAUGUUACAUUAAAUUUUUGAAAUAGUAAAUGUUUAAAUGAUGGUAAUAUUUAGCACAAUGGCAUAGGCAGGUUCCCUAAAUGACACCAGUCUUACACACCACCACAGCUACACUCAUGUCACUUUUUAUUACACAUUUUGAAUACCAUUAAACCACAAUUACAUACAGUAUGCAUUCUUAAAAUUCUUUAUAAAUAUUCCUAUAUCAUUUGAAUGUACACCCCUUCCCCCAUACUAUUAUUCACUAUGUGAUGCAGGUUUACUAACAUAAAAAUUUGAUCCCAUUUCCAUUACAGGAUGCUGUCUACGCCUCUUAAAUUUGCCAAUGUGUUUGUAGGCCUACGUAAUUGACAAAAUAAGAAUUUUACUUUUCAAGUGUAAUUUUAGAAAUCUUUUAUGGCAAACUAAGACUGGUGGUUUUAUGUCAAUUCUGAUUAUAGUUUGAACAUUACUUAUUUACAUGUCUUGUCAGUUAUGGUUGAUUGUGGGAUUGUUAAUCAUGUUCAUGACAUGGCUAAUUGUUUUAUGCUGAUUUUAUUGCUGCAUUAAAAUUCAAGUAUACUAGAUCUAAAUAAAAUUACU